AUGGCUGAGCCUGGGUGCUGCUGUUCGCUACUUCUUGAACGCCUGCGAUGUCUCGUGCAGCCGCGACGUCCAUUGGAGCCGCUGCGGGAGGUGCUGCUGUACGUGGUGCCAGCGCUAAGCAGGGACAGCCCCAGCCACCUCACGCGGCGGUGGCCGCAGCUGAAGAAGGCGUUUAGGGAUGCCUGCCUCAACGGCGACGAGGUGAAGAGCUGCGUCGCGCGCUGCCGUCCCGACCACGCGGAGAUAGUAGCCGAGCUCGCCGCCCUGACGCCGGAGUACGAAAAAUGGAACGUCAUGAUCGGUCGCCAUGUUGCCGCAGUGGCUGCUAUGCUAAAUCACGCUAAGCCAUCGUGUGUGGUGAUUGCCACGGAUGCCGCGGCCCUGAGAGGGGCGCCGUGGGGGGCGCUUGUAGCGGCGGCGGAGGGCGUGGAGGUCUGGAUGGCGCUCCGCUCCAACGACAAAUACGGGCCUUACGACGACCUCCUCCUGCCGCUGCACGACAGCGGGUAA